AUGAAGGUGUUAUUGCUAGUACUCGGAAUAACUACAGCCCUAGCGGCGCCCCCUGCGAAAUAUGAGGAAAUUAUUACCGAUUACCAUGGAGAGAUCGGAAUCCCGUUGGCUGCUCGCAUCAAGGCAUCUGAGGAAGCUAUGGACUUCGACGGGUCCAGAAUCGUCGGUGGCGAUCUCUCGCAGCUGGGACAGUUCCCUUACUUCGGAGGUUUGUUAGUGAAUCUGAUCCAAGGAGGACAAUCAGUUUGCGGCUCUACCCUUCUCUCCAGCAACAGAGCAGUCACGGCCGCGCACUGCUGGAAAACUAGAACAAGCCAGGGUAUAUUGGCCACCGCCGUAUUCGGUUCCACUCGCCUUUUCUCUGGCGGUACCCGAGUCAUCACUAACAAUGUAAAAGUUCACGACAACUACAACGUAGACAGCCGUAACUUCGACAUCGCCAUGCUAAUUCUGCCGACUGUCGCCACAAGUGACUACAUUAAACCCAUUGCCAUCGCGAGUGGGAGCGGUCUCUAUGUAGGCUCAACGGCCGUAGCAACAGGCUUCGGCAGAACUGCUGACUCUCAAUUGGGACAAAUCACGACCGCCCAGCAGCUCAGGCACGUGCAUCUGACUAUCAUUACUAACCGGGAGUGUGCUCAGACUUUCGGCAACGCCUUCAUCAUUGACUCCACUCUCUGUGUGAGCGGAGCCAACAGACGCAGCACUUGCACCGGAGACGGUGGCGGUCCACUCGUCCUCAACAACCAAUUGGUCGGUAUAACCUCAUUCGAGGCCCGCGCUGGAUGCGAACGUGGCCGUCCGGCCGGUUUCCAACGAGUCACCGCCUUCAACAACUGGAUCCGCGCUCGCUUGUAA